AUGAUAACAUUAAAAUUAAGUGCCUUGAUACUCAUUGUUAUUUGCGGGAUAUGUCAUCUUACAAUUGAAGGAAAAGGACGUGGUAGAAGAAAUAAAGAUAAUGGUGAUGAUUUAUUUAUCUUAUUAGAUGAGGCUAAUGUUUUCAGAUGCAGAGGAGUUAAUAAUUUAAUUACAAUAAAUGAAAGUGAUAUUAAUAUAUUAAAUGAAAAAGGAAAUAAGGUAUAUUAUAUUCAUGCACCUGGAGAUUAUUCUUUCAAUUUUGGUAAAAUUAAUGUAUUAGAUAAUUUGGGACAUCUUACUGGAGAGUUAGGUGUUACAUUACAAGUACCACUUUUAGAUGGACCAGCAGGUAUACGUUUUGAUGUUCCUUAUACUAUGAUUCCAGAAACUGGUCUUUUAAAUCAGGAGUGUGAUGAACAUUCAGGAAUUGUUGAAAGAGAUGGAAGACAAUAUUGUAGAUACUGUGAAUUAUGUAGUAUUAGUUCAAAAAUUGAAAAUACUUUAAAAAAUAAUAAAGUUUUACCUGGUCUUAAUAAAGGUGAAGAAAAACCAUUUGGACCAAAAUGUGGAAAAAUUGGUAGUAAUACAUAUGAUUUUAGAAGAACAUUACAUAUUCCUGGUAAAAGAGAACUUGAAAAAAAGAUAAAAGAAAAAAUUCAAGGUGUUGAUAGUGAAGUUAAAAAAAGAUUAAAUAAAGGUAGAGGACGUUUUCAGGUAUUUUUAAAUCUUAUAUCUGCUGAACAACCACCUAUAUCACAAAAAGCAUGGUUUGAUGGAUCAGAACAAUGUAAAGGUUGUGGACCUGGUAAUAGAGGUGGAAAAGGAAAUCCAUCAUUAUCAUUUCUUUAUUGUAAUACAGAAGAUUGUAAAAGUGCUUGGGCUCAACAAUGUCUUCAUAAUUCAGCUAAAAUAGCAGCAUGUGUAACGGUAGAAUUUAAUUAUCGUAUAACAACAAAAUACAGUGAUGUUGUACAAUUUUUAAAAGAAAAUAAUUAUCCAAAUCAAGAUGUUGUCACACCACAAUCAAUAGAAAGUCCUGUUGAAGAACCAAAUAUACCAGCACCACCUCAAUCAACAUUAGGAACUUUAAGUGAACGAUGUGUAGCUAAAAUGUCUGGUCGUUUAACACACUUACGUCGUUACUGUACAAUAUUUUGGAAUGAAAAAUUAUGUUGCCAACAUUGUGAAGGUGUUUGUUAA